CGCAGGCGCGGGCCGCGAGCGUGGGGGGCGCCUCCUGGCAGUCGCGCUGCGGGCUCCGGAGCGGCGGUGAGGGGAUUUGCGGCCUGCGUCCGCCCAGCUCCAGCCGCGCCGUCCGCCGAGGCAGCCAGGCGCCGUGAGCCGAGCCUCCCGACUCACACGGGGCAAGCGUGGCCAUGGAGAACCAGGUCCUGACGCCGCACGUCUACUGGGCUCAGCGACACCGCGAGCUGUACCUGCGCGUGGAGCUGAGUGACGUGCAGAACCCUGCCAUCAGCAUCACAGAAAAUGUGCUGCAUUUCAAAGCCCAGGGGCAUGGUGCCAAAGGAGACAACGUCUAUGAAUUUCACCUGGAAUUCCUAGACCUUGUGAAGCCAGAGCCCGUUUACAGACUGACUCAGCGACAGGUGAACAUUACCGUGCAGAAGAAAGUGAGUCAGUGGUGGGAGAGGCUCACCAAACAGGAGAAGCGUCCGCUGUUUUUGGCCCCUGACUUUGACCGCUGGCUGGAUGAAUCCGAUGCAGAAAUGGAACUCAGAGCCAAGGAAGAAGAACGCCUGAAUAAACUCAGAAUGGAAAGUGAAGGUUCCCCUGAAACUCUCACAAGCUUGAAGAAAGGAUACCUGUUCAUGUACAACCUUGUGCAGUUCUUGGGGUUCUCCUGGGUCUUUGUCAACCUGACAGUGCGGUUCUGUAUCUUGGGGAAAGAGUCCUUUUAUGACACUUUCCACUCUGUGGCCGACAUGAUGUAUUUCUGCCAGAUGUUAGCACUUGUGGAAACCAUCAAUGCCGCGAUUGGAGUCACUAGCUCGCCAGUGUUGCCUUCUCUCCUCCAGCUUCUUGGAAGAAAUUUUAUUUUGUUUAUUGUCUUUGGCACCAUGGAAGAAAUGCAGAACAAAGCUGUGGUUUUCUUUGUGUUUUAUUUUUGGAGCAUGAUUGAAAUUUUCAGGUACCCCUUCUACAUGCUCACGUGCAUCGACAUGGACUGGAAGGUGCUCACCUGGCUGCGCUACACCGUGUGGAUUCCCGUAUACCCUCUGGGAUGCUUGGCGGAAGCUGUGUCUGUGAUCCAGUCCAUCCCUGUGUUCAACGAGUCGGGAAGAUUCAGUUUUACACUGCCAUAUCCGGUGAAAAUCAAAGUUCGAUUUUCCUUCUUCCUUCAGGUUUAUCUUAUAAUGCUAUUUCUAGGGCUGUACAUAAAUUUUCGUCACCUUUAUAAGCAGCGCAGGCGGCGCUAUGGGCAAAAAAAGAAGAAGAUCCACUGAGGAGACUCAGAUAGACAGCUUCCCGCCAGUUUGAGCCUCAUCUGUGAUUCUUACUGUUUUAUCUUGUCCUGAUGUAAGUUUUUUUAAAGUUCAAACACGCUCUCCGUGAGUCCAUCUUUCUCACCCUCACAUUCCUGAACUCCCUGUACUGUUAGCUAGGGCUUGCAUGACACAGAACCCCUCCCCCCCAAGCGGGUUCACUCCUGUGUACUAACGGCAGCCAUGCCUGCACCCCAGCCGCUUGUCAGUGUGGUGUGUGCCCGCCAAGGACGGCGCCAGCCUCAUCCUGAGGCUCAAGCAGCCUCGCCAUUUACAAUUUGCGCUACGUCAGCUCUUGCUUUUUGUGAAAAACGACCAUUACUCCACAGAAGGCUGUUGGAAGCGACUGGGGCAGGACUGUAUCUGGGGGAUUCCUUUUGUAGUGGGGUGUUAGUUACAGGUGUUUCUGGGGAACACCGUACAUCUAACAUCUGUUGGCCUGACUACACCUGUCACUGCAGUGCUUGCUCAUGUGGGCAGGAACGAGGCGGAGCGAGUCAAGUGAAACCAAUCACAGCUGUGAUCACUUCCUCCCCAGCUACAUCGGAACUCU